ACCUCAUACCAAAAAAUGUAUUCCCAUUUGAAAAUAGUCUAAUAACCGUCACCGCAACUGCAUCUAUUGCAAACGCACCAUAAAUAAACUUUGCAAUUGGAGUUAAGAAAAUAUUAAAUAAAAUACAGAAAAUUUGCUAAUAUGAGUCCCGCGCCGCAUUAUUUGUUCCGUUCGAUUGUAACACUUUUCCUUUUCUUGCUCAUGGUGCAGUCUCAAGAAGUGGAAGAGAAAAGUUUUUCCACCUCGGUCGCGGGUAUGGAACAACUGUUGAUUACCGAGCAAUUAAUGAUCGAUACAGUUGAUAAAUAUGCCGAUGAAUUACAGGCAAAAGUCGAUUCAUUGAAAAAAUUGGUCAGCGAGUUUAGAGAAGAGAAUCAAAAAGGUGUACAAAACCCAGAAACAUAUCUCUCCAAUCCCCUCAAUGGAUUCUCGCUGAUACGACGUAUGCACUAUGAUUGGUACAACAUUGAAAAGUAUCUGACACGACCAACGGGUGAAACUUUCAUUGAUAUUCUAAGAAAGUAUCAACCUGAGAUGCCCACAGCCACAGAUUUAAAUGAAGCUUCACAGGCCAUUGUAAGACUGCAGUCGACUUAUGAUCUGGAGGCCGAAGAUAUGUCUAAAGGCAUAUUAUUUGGCAAGCAAUACGAUGCCAAACUUUUGCCCAUUGAUCGUUACUUUAUUGGAAAACAUCUUUUUGAUAGAGCCAACUACUUUCAAGCAGCCUUCUGGAUGUUUAGCGCCAUAGAAGCUUAUGAGUCAAACAAUUACAUGCAAGUAUUGGAUUUUGGCCACGAGACUAUAUAUGCGCUGUAUGCUGCAAAUCUUAUGUAUCAAAAUCGCCCUCAAGAUGCUUUGCUUACGAUUGAGAAGGCCUGUCAGCUUCGACCAAAUGAUGCAGCUUUGGAGGCAAAGAGAGAUGAAAUGAGGCACCAAGCUGAAAUAGUUAAAGGACCUCCAAUAGAAUACUCAAAGCAAGUACCCAGUACGUUUGAAGUUGGAUGCCGCGGAGGCUUUGGUAACAAAUUGUCGAAAUUGCAUUGUGUCUACAAUACCACGACUUCGGCGUUUUUACGUUUGGCUCCCUUAAAAAUGGAAAUUCUGCAUUUAGAUCCAUAUAUGGUGCUCUAUCAUGAUGUUAUGUCAGAUCAGGAAAUACGAGACCUCAAAACGUUGGCAAAACCCAAUCUGAAAAGGGCAACAGUAUACAGUGAAAGUGCUGCCAAAUCGCAGGUGGUUGAAAGGAGAACAUCGAAAUUUUCAUGGUUUCAGGACAACACCUCCAACACAACGUUAAGGAUUAAUCAACGCAUUAGAGAUAUGACAGGCUUUGACAUAGAAGGCUCUGAGAUGUUGCAGGUGAUGAAUUAUGGCCUGGGAGGACAUUAUGAUACUCAUUAUGAUUUUUUCAAUGUAUCGGAUAACGCUGAAGUUGUUCGCUUGCAAGGUGAUCGAAUCUCAACUGUUUUGUUCUAUAUGACCGAUGUAGAACAGGGAGGUGCCACCGUAUUUCCCAAUAUUCACACUGCAGUCUUUCCACAAAAAGGCUCUGCUGUAGUAUGGCAUAAUCUGAAUAAUGAGCUUAAGGGUGAUUGGAAAACCCUGCAUGCUGCCUGUCCGGUCAUUGUGGGCUCCAAAUGGGUCUGCAAUAAAUGGAUACGUUCAAAGGCUCAAGUCUUCAGAAGACCCUCGAGAAUUUGUGACGAAUGUAAAUGUCAAGAUGUGGAAGAGAAGAGUUUCUCCACCUCAAUCGUGGGUAUGGAACAACUUUUGAUUACGGAGCAAGUUAUGAUCGAAACGCUUGAUAAAUAUGCCGACGAAUUACAGGCCAAAGUCAAUUCAUUGAAAAGGUUAGCAAGCGAACUAAGAAAGGAAAAUCAAAAAGGUGUACAAAACCCAGAAUCAUAUCUCUACAAUCCCCUCAAUGGAUUCUCGCUGAUACGGCGUAUGCAUUAUGAUUGGAACAAUAUUGAAAAAUAUUUGACACUGCCAACCGGUGAAAUUUUCAUUGAUACCUUAAGAGAAUAUCAAGUCAAAAUGCCCACAGAAACUGAUUUAAAGGAAGCUUCACAGGCCAUAGCAAGACUUCAGCAAACUUAUGACUUGGAAGUGGAAGAUAUGUCGAGAGGCGUAUUAUUUGGCAAGCAAUACGAUGCCAAACUCAUACCUAUUGAUCGCUACUUCAUAGGAAAACACUUUUUCGAUAAAGCAGACUAUUAUCGUGCAGCCUUAUGGAUGCGUAGUGCCAUGAAAGCUUAUGAGUCUUCGAAUUACAUGCAAGUAUUGGAUUUUGGCCAGGAGACUAUAUUAGCGUUGUAUGCUGAAAUUCUAUUGCAUCAAAAUCGUCCUCAACAAGCUCUGGUUGCCCUUGAGAAGGCUUGCCAUCUUCGACCAUAUGAUGCAGAUCUGGCAAACAGGAGAGAUGAAAUUAGGCAGAAAGCAGAAAUCGUAACAGGACCUCCGAUAGCGUAUUCAAAGCCCUUACCCUCCAAAUACCAGUUAGGAUGUCGCGGAGAGUUCCAAAGCAAAUUAUCAAAAUUGCAUUGUGUCUACAAUACUACAACAUCACCAUUUUUGAUCUUGGCACCACUAAAAAUGGAACUUUUAAGUUUAGAUCCGUACAUGGUGAUAUAUCACGAUGUAAUGUCGGAGGUAGAAAUUCAGGAGUUGAAAACGUUGGAAAAACCAAAUCUAAAAAGAGCCAAAGUUGGAAGAGCUGCCAAAUCUCGAGUAGUUGAAAGAAGAACAUCGAAAUCUUCAUGGAUUUCAGACAACAAAUCCAAUACUACGCUAAGGAUUAAUCAGCGCAUAAGUGAUAUGACUGGCUUUGACAUAGAAGGCUCUGAAGCGUUGCAGGUGGUGAAUUACGGCUUGGGAGGACACUAUGAUACUCAUUAUGAUUUCUUCAAUGUAUCGGAUAAUGCUGAAGUUAUUAGACUGCAGGGCAACCGCAUCUCAACUGUUUUGUUCUAUCUGACUGAUGUGGAACAGGGUGGUGCCACUGUAUUUCCUGAACUCGAGACAGCAGUCUUUCCACAAAAAGGAUCUGCUGUAGUAUGGUAUAAUCUGAAUAAUGAGCUUCGGGGUGAUAUGAAAACCUUGCAUGCUGCCUGUCCUGUCAUUUUUGGAUCCAAAUGGGUGUGCAACAAAUGGAUACGAGCCAACGCUCAAGUCUUCAAAAGACCUUGCUAUAUAUAA